UCGAUCGCUCAACAACAGUACCCAAAUCCAAUCCGAUGCAACAUGAGAUCCACGAUGAUCGUAGGUGUUACAAAAGCGCGUUCGUCCCGCGCGACAAACUGUCCCAUAAAGACCGUCCGAUCGCCUGUCGCAGGAGGCCUCGUCCGAUUCAUACCGCCGGCCGUCAAGCCGAGUCAACAACGACGAGACACAGCACAAAAGGAUAACACCAAGUAUGGCAGUAGAAUAUAAAUGCUCGGCAAGUUGUUGUUUUCGAAUGACCAAUGCAAGGACGCGACGGCGGAUUUGUCCCUCCGCGUGUUUCGAUCGCUGGCCCACACACUUUUUCCCGAGAGUUGUGCAGAAGGCUAGAAGGAAGCCUUCUAAUGGCACUGCUGUUGGCAACACAAGCGAAGCACAAGCUAGGACUCAGCAGUCAACAACAAGCCCC